AUGGAACCAGAAAACCAAACACGUGUAGCAGAAUUCCUCCUCCUGGGACUCUCUGAGGAUCCAGAGCUCCAGCCUGUCCUCUUUGGUCUGUUGCUGACCAUGUACCUGGUCACAGUUCUUGGGAACUUGCUCAUCAUCCUGGCUGUCAGCUCUGACUCCCACCUCCACACUCCCAUGUACUUUUUCCUCUCCAAACUGUCCAUAGUCGAAAUCUGUUGCACCUCCACUGUGAUCCCUAAGAUGCUGCUGAACAUCCAGACAGAAAGCAAAGCCAUCACUUAUGCAGGCUGCCUGGCUCAGGCAUAUUUCUUCUUGGUUUUCAUAUGUAUGGACAAUUUACUGCUGACGGUGAUGGCCUAUGAUCGCUAUGUGGCCAUCUGCCACCCCCUGCAUUACACGGUCAUCAUGAACCCCCGCCUCUGUGUCCAGCUGCGUCUGAUCUGUCUGCUCAUCAGCACUGUGGAUGCCCUGCUGCACAGUCUGAUGGUGCUGCAUCUGUCUUUCUGCAACCAAGUUAAAAUACCCCACUUUUUCUGUGAGCUGACUCAUAUCCUCCAAUUGGCUUGUUCUGACACACUUGUUAAUAACAUUGUGUUAUAUUUAAUAAUCAUCAUGGUGGGCAUUGGGCCAUUUUCUGGAAUAAUUUUCUCUUACAUGCGAAUUGUCUCCUCCAUUCUGAGAAUCCCAUCAACUGGAGGAAAGUACAAAGCUUUUUCUACCUGUGGGUCUCACCUGUCUGUGGUUUCCUUGUUCUAUGGGACUUGCAUUGGGGUUUAUCUUAGUACCGCAAUUACUGAUUCUCCCAGGAAGAUUGCAGUGGCCUCAGUGAUGUACACUGUGGACACCCCCAUGUUGAACCCCUUCAUCUACAGCCUGAGGAACAAGGACAUGAAGGGGGCUUUGAGAAAACUCACCUUGGGGACAUUGUCCUUUUCAUGA